AUGCAGCCUCCUAAACCCCAUGAGAAGCAUCAAGAUUGGUGCAUUUUAGAUGCAUGCAUUGAAGAGCUGCUUGAUGCGAUGUCCGAAGGAUCCUUGACAUGUGUUGAGUUGGUGGCCCGAUAUCUUUGUCGAAUAAGCAUAUACGAUGCUUCUGGCCCGAAGCUGAGUGCUAUCCCGAUUCUUAAUCCACACGCAAUGGAAGAGGCUUGCGCUUCAGACUCCAGACGUACCUCUGGUAUACCACCAAGGCCACUCGAAGGUAUUCCCAUUCUGGUCAAGGACAACAUCAAAGUCCGAGGAAUGACUGUCGCAGCUGGCUCCCCUGCAUUUGAGCAUCUUGUUGCUACGGAGGAUGCCACAUGCGUGAAAAUUCUCAAGGCGUCGGGGGCAGUUAUCCUUGGAAGAACAAAUAUGCCAGCUAUGGCAAAUGGUGGUAUGCAACGAGGUGUGUAUGGUAGGGCGGAAAGUCCAUACAACUCUGAUUUCUUGACGGCUGCCUACGGGUCUGGCUCCUCAAAUGGGUCUGCCACUGCAAUAACUGCCAAUUUUGCGGCAUUCAGCCUGGGAACCGAGACAGUGUCAUCCGGGCGAUCUCCAGCCUCCAACAAUGCACUUGUUACAUAUACGCCGUCGAGGGGACUUCUACCUUUGUCAGGUGUGUGGCCACUUUACCCGACGUGCGAUGUUCUUGUGCCCUACGCAAGGAGUAUGAAGGACCUUCUCCUCAUUCUGGACGUCUUUGCUCAAAGCAACUAUGAUGAUGUCAAGGGAGAUUUUUGGAGACAGCAGCCCUUUAUUCAGUUGCCCAUUCUAAAUCAGCUUUGCCACCGACCGUUCAAAGAGCUCCAACACAAACAAGAAUUGCAAGGGAAGCGCUUCGGUGUUCCAUCAAUGUAUAUUGGAGGCAAUACCCCUGUGCCAAUAUCAAUCAGACCGUCCGUUCUCAGACUGUGGGAAAGAGCCAAACAUGUAUUAGAAUCCCACGGGGCUGUUGUCAUUGAGGUUGAUUUCCCACUUGUCACAGAAUACGAAGAUUGCGAUGCUUCUUUAGACAAAUGGGCGAAAAUCAAAGACAUGCCGGAAAACUGGCUCCAUACUGAGAGACAUGAGUUAAUUGCCCAUGUCUGGGAUGACUUUCUUCAAAUAAAUGGUCAAAACAACUGCAAUUCUCUCAGUUAUGUGGAGCCAGGAUCGAUUUUUCCACUUGCUCCUGGCUCACUCCCCGGUGAAUCGGAAGCCGAUAAUCAACUAGACUGGAACGGCCUAGUCGAUUAUCCGAAGAGGAAACCCUCGUCCAUGUUUGAUCUUCCGGGAAUGGAAGCUGGACUAAAGUCUUUAGAAAGUGCUAGAAAGUCCACGAUGGAAGAUUGGAUGGAAAGGUUGGGUCUGGAUGCGGUGGUGUUCCCUGCCAAUGGAGAUGUCGGGCCUUCAGAUGCAGAUAUUGACAGUGAAGCAUCGAAAAAGGCUUGGCGUAAUGGUGUUUUGUACUCCAACGGCAACCUUGCAAUCCGUCAUCUUGGGGUGCCUACCGUAUCGUUGCCCAUGGGGAUCAUGGAGGAUAUCGAGAUGCCCGUCAAUAUUACAUUCGCCGGGAAGGCAUACGGUGAUGCAGCUCUUCUCGAGAUUGCGUGUUCUUUUGAGGCUGCUACUAACUACCGCCGAAUGCCACCACUAGUGCCAGCCCUUGAGUCCGACAUGGUCAGCAUCGCGGUUACAGCCUCUGAGGCUAGAAGUGCAGGAAAUUUGGAGAACCAUGCAUUGCCUCAGAUAAAUAUCACCUCUAAGGCUAAAAAGGUUGAUGAUUCGAUCGUUCGUAUUACGAUCCAGGGAACUUUGACAAAUUCUUCUCACGGUUUGAGUCCCACGGAUUUUACCUGCUAUAUCGAUGGAAAGCCUCAUCAGGUCAAAAUUUCCGGUAAUGUCUGGGAAGUUCAUCUCGCUCGUCCCUUACUAUCGGAUCGAGACUUACCUUGGCCCCAGUGGACAAGCCCGGCGUUGGUUCAGACUGUUAUUGUUGUUGUAUAUCGCUCACCGGCUGGCCUCUCUGCUGGCGAAUUGGUCAUAUUUUAG